AUGGAGGCGGCAUCACACAUGUCGGCCCAUUGGCUGUCCACCGUCAUACUUCUUUGUUCAUUCUUCUCGACACAUUCACUUAACGCUAAGAUACACGAGCAGAUGACCACCGACGAACUGCGGAAUGUGUUCCACGUAGAACACCACAGCCACGUUCCAGAGUACCACUUGGUUCAGCUGACGCACCAUCUGGCGAGGCGGCACGUGCCCGCUGGCCACAAGGCGAACAGCCACGCCACGAGUCAAGGCAAAGUGCCGCACGAAAAGUCCAAGCCGUGGAAGACUGAAACCAACCCCCCCUCCCUCCUGAACGACGAGAUGUUCGUCAAAGCGAGGGAGUACAUCAACGACGUCGACAUAAUAGGCGAUCUGAAUAGCACAGUGAGCGUACAGUUUGGUGUGACGAAUUCCAGUGAGCUAAGUGACAGUGAUGCGAGUGAAAGUGACACGUUGCGUGACAAAGAACACGAGGUGGUGGACCAAGAGGAGGACGUGCACAAGAUCGAGCUGGAAGCGUUCGGGAGAGUGCUGAAGUUGGUCCUCAAGAAGCAGGAGGGCCUGUUGAAGAAGGACGGCUUGAGGCUGUGGCGGGUGCUGGGCAACGAAUCGCAGCCGCACGGCGUGGACUAUGAGGAAUUGAGUUCGGAAAACGAGGAGGAGAUAGGUGAACUCUUCCACGACGACGAAAAUGGAGCGGCCCUGCUCAUCAGAAGGCAUCCGAAGAAUGGAAAACUCAUGGUGGAAGGUUCAAUAGGUCACGAUUUGGUGAUCAGGCCGAUACCAGAUUCGAUGACAGCCAACGCGCAAGACGACGAGAUGUUCAUGGACCCGGCAAACAUGGCCGACAUGGUUUCCAUAGACACCGGCCUGCCUAUCGUAAAAAGGCAAAGGAUAGACCAAGAAAGCUUAAGGCAAGCUCUUCAAGGAGCUCACCACGUCGUUAUCAAAAGGGAUCCCGCACAAGGAGACCAUAUGAGUGACUUUGCAUUCAUGGAACCGGACCAUAUAGGUAAAAGGUACAGGCGGAAGCGAUCAACAGAAUCGCAUAGCAGACAAAAGAGGGAAGCUCCAUACGUCAUAUACCCAGAGAUCCUCGUGAUUGUGGAUUACGACGGCUACAGGUUACACGGUGGCGACAAUGUCCAGAUCAAGCGGUACUUCGUGUCAUUCUGGAACGGCGUCGACCUUCGGUACAAGCUUCUCAAGGGCCCCAGAAUAAGAAUAUCUAUUGCUGGCAUCAUCAUAUCUAGGGGCCGAGAUGCCACGCCCUAUCUGGAAAGGAACCGUGUCGGCCGCGACGCCAUCGACUCUGCCGCCGCGCUCACCGACAUGGGCAAGUAUUUGUUCAGAGAGCGACGGCUGCCCGUCUACGACAUCGCGGUUGCCAUAACCAAACUAGACAUGUGCAGGAGACAAUAUGCAAACGAUGCGUGCAAUAGGGGGACAGCAGGUUUCGCAUAUGUCGGCGGUGCAUGUGUGGUCAACAAGAGAUUGGAAAAAGUUAACUCGGUGGCCAUAAUCGAAGAUACUGGUGGCUUUUCUGGUAUCAUAGUGGCGGCGCAUGAAGUUGGACAUUUAUUGGGGGCGGUGCAUGACGGUAGCCCGCCGCCAUCUUACCUUGGAGGACCUGGAGCAGAGAAAUGCCGAUGGGAAGACGGCUUCAUCAUGUCGGACCUGAGGCACACUGAGAAGGGAUUCAGGUGGUCGCCAUGCAGUGUGCAGAGCUUCCAUCACUUCUUAAACGGUGACACUGCGACGUGCUUGUUCAAUUCCCCUCACGAGGACGAUUCGCUGCCAAGGGUCCUGCCAGGGCGUCUGCUAACAUUGGACGCGCAGUGCCGUAAAGAUAGGGGCACUAGCGCCUGUUUCAAGGACGAGCGCGUGUGCGCGCAGCUUUUCUGCUUCGACGCGGCGAGCGGGUAUUGCGUGGCGUACAGGCCGGCGGCGGAGGGCUCGCCCUGCGGCGAUGGACAGUAUUGCAUAAAUGGUCGUUGCAUAACCGAGCACGAGAACAUAAUCCCGGACUAUUCGCAACACACGCCGAGCUACGUGCGCCCGGACACUAGUCCCUUCUUCGGAAAUAUCACGAGUAAGGGAGAAACGACAAAGCCAUACGUAACUAGCACAACAGCCCCACCCGCACAAUACCGACAGAACUACUUCCCGAAAAAGAAUACUGAAAAUGUAUCUACAACAACUACUACUACAACAACAACAACAACCACAACCUCCACAACAACAACUACAGAGAGACCAUACAAAUACAACUACUACAAUCCGUGGAAGACCACAGAGCACAAAAAUGAAAGAACCACCGCCGCUACUCAGCCGUCCACGACGAAGGGCAGCACUUUGCAGAAAAUCAUUAUAACGACCACCAGAAGUCCUUACGACUUCAAAGAUUUCACGACUGCCAAAGCGACGCAAAAGACCGAGGCGCCCAAGCGCGGCUUCUUCAGCAAAGACGACUUAGAGGGCUACUUCGGUCGGCCAACGACUAAAAGCCCAUUCCCCGAUAAGGGAAUUAAGUCCGCAUUCAAGAUAGGCACCUACUAUUCACAAGCAAAGUCCAGCGAUAACUCAAUAAGGCCCGAUGCGAACUCCCAACAAGUCCAAAUAGAGCCAGCGAGACUGGCGUUCUCUUACCAGAGGAACCUAACUGCCGGCGAACCAAUCCUAACA